AUGUGCCCAGGCAGCCAAGAAGACCAAUGGCAUCCUGGCCUGGAUCAGGAACAGUCUGACCAGCUGGAUCAGCUCCGCCUGUACUCGGCACUGGUGAUGCCGCACCUCGAGUGCUGUGUCCAGUUUUGGACCCUCACUCCAGGAAAGACAUUACAGUGCUGGAAUGCGUCCAGAGAAGGGCAACGGAGCUGGGAUUCUGAACAGCCUCUCGCUGAUUGCCGGACUGCUGCUGACUCUGCCCCGCCUCCCUCCCUCCCUCCCGACGGGCGGACGGACGGACACCGGACGGCGGUCAGCGCCCCCAGGGCUGUUUACAACAUCUGCACUCGUGGGCCCGCGCCCUGCGCUUCUCAUUGGCCGAAGAGGGCGGGCAUCGCUAGUCCAUUGGCUGAUGGCGGGCGGGCCAAUCCCUCACUCCCAAGAUUGCUCCUCAUUGGUGGGGGCGGGCGGGCAGCUCCAUUCCCAUUGGCGAAGGGUGGGCAGGCUCCGCCCCCUGGCGCGCGGCCGGGGCUGUGCGGGACGCGGGCGGCUCGGCCCGUCGCUCGGUGGCGGGGAGUGGUAUUUGAGUGCACGGCUGUGAGGGGGAGGAUGGCGGGGCUGCUGCUCUGCAUGGCCUCAGCGCUGCUGCUAGCGGCCGCGGGGGCCAUCCCGCCGCCCGAGGACGCGGCGCGCAUGGCGCGCUUCGUCCUGCACAGCUGCGACUGGGGCGCUCUGGCCACGCUGUCGGCGCAGGAGGGGCUGCGCGGCCGCCCCUUCGCCAACAUCUUCUCGCUCAGCGACGGGCCCCCGGGGCCCUUCGGCGGCAGCGGCGUCCCCUACCUGUACCUGACGGACAUGGAGAUCUCCGUGCAGGACCUGGAGGUCAAUUCAAAUGCCUCCUUAACUGUGUCUUUGGCACAGACUCCUUACUGCAGGAGGCACAGAUAUGAUCCCCAGAAUCCCCUCUGUGCCCACAUAAUCUUCGCUGGGAGCAUUGUGAAGGUGAAUGAUUCAGAAGCAGUCUUGGCCAAAAAAGCAUUAUUCAGUCGCCACCCUGAAAUGGAAAGUUGGCCUAAGGAUCAUAAUUGGUUCUUUGCCAAAUUCAACAUCACCAAUAUCUGGGUCCUCGACUACUUUGGUGGAUUGAAAAUUGUGACACCAGAAGAAUAUUAUAGUGUCAAACCUUAUGAUCUACUGGAUGCAGUGUCUGAAGUCAUGAGAUGGAAGAAGAUCCGUGUGAUGCUGAUAUGGAAAUGAAUUACUUUGGCUGUUUCAUGAAAGAUUUAUUUUUUCUAUGUAUUGUAGAGCUGAAUUAAUAACACAGUAAAUCAAACACCUCAUAUUGUUAAUGAGCAUGUAUUACCCUUAUAAAGCAGAUUUAACUUCUCACUAACUUGAAUCAUAGUGUGCUCAAAAACCUUUGUGCAUAAUCCUUAACUAAAUUUUAUUAAUUGGAUGUGAUUUUGGAAAGGUGGCUGACAGUCUGCAUUCAGAAGUGUUUUUUUUACUAGAAUCUAAAGGAUUAGUCCAGUUCUAAAGUUUUCAGUGUGUUAGCUAAAUAAUAUCUGUUUGUGAGCACUCUCCAAUUCUAUUUUAUUUUUAAUACCACUUUAGUUUAGAAUUUUAUGGCAAAAUACUACAGGAUGGCUCAGAUGACUCGGAUCAGUGGAAUGGAAAGCACUGCUUGUGUUACAAUGGUAAAUGAUGUGCUGAGUUCCCAAAUCCUGGUAAAAAUUUCCUUUGCACUCUGAUACACUCCCUUGUUUGAGCCAUUUUUUUAAUUUUGCUGCCUAUAUUGAAUGUGCUGUAGGAUACAGUUGUAUUUAUGCAAACUGUACAUGUACCUCAGGAUAAGUUCUUGAUACCUCUUCAGUGGUUACAUGCCCUGACCCUUUAAAAGAAACUGGGUGGUAUCUGAUUAGGAUUCUGAAAUCUUCAGCUUUGGCUGUAUCAGCUUUUAUUUCCCUCAGCAGUAGAACUGAACAGAUUUUAGGGUUUGGAAGCCUUACAUGUCACUUCUGGGUUAGUAACCCAUGCUCUAUAAGUCAUGAAUCAUGUGUGUCAUACUGUAUUGCUCCUUUUUCACUUCUGGGUUAGUAACCCAGUAACCCCCUUCUGGUUAGUAACCCAGAAGUGAAAAAGGAGCAAUACAGUAUGACACACAUGAUUCAUGAUUUAUAGAGCAUGAAAAUUAGUGAAAAGUGUACAUAGUUAAUUCUGUGUUAUAAUAAGUUGCACACAACCACAAAACGCCCCCAAAUUAACACCUUUUUACAUCCUCUCUCGUCUGCUGUGUGCAAAGUUCACAAACACUAAAAAGCGUUUAUGAACAAUUAAGUUGGUUUUACAAUGAGCAAAUAUUACCUAGUUAACCUAGAAUCUGAGAAUUUAGACUCCUUAGAGGCAGAUUCUUAUAUAGAAGAGUGGGAUUUCUUAUAUAAAAUCCCUACAUCUUAAUGUUGUUGUUAUAUCACUACUGGAAUGAUUUGUGAAAAUAUUUGUUAUGUAACUUACUAAGUUUUCCUUCUCCAGAAGGGGAAGGAAGGAAAUUUUUACUGUUCUUCUAUUUUAAAACUAAUUUAAGAUCAAAAAAAGUUACAAUAUGGAAACAAUUUAUGCUGAACAGGUAACAUCGAUAUUUAAUAUGAAAUUGAAAAGUAUUUUUAUAUAAGGCAUGGCAAUUGUAGAAACUCAUAUGAAUCUUUGUCAUGGACUUAAUCUUUACUGUGAGGACACCUGAAUGCAUUACAUGUCACCCUGUAACUUCUCAUGUGUGAGACUGAUGAUGCUGAGCUUUUGUUAAAAUUAAAAUAUUUUUGACAA